AUCAGAGCGGAGCGAGCGAAGAAAUUCGACAGACAUUCCCGCGGCAGUCGGAGGAAAUCUUCCGAUCUCAAACUUGACGGAAGCUCAAACGAGCAACCGUCCGACAUAAAUUUAUCGCCACUUAUACCGUAUCGUUUCCGAUCCUUUCGGUCCGAGAAACAAAAUUCACCACGACGGGAAAUAUUCCCCGCUCAGUUUCGCCGAUUCGCCGGCGGGAAGCGUCGUGAAAACCGCAGCAAUCGGAACGUAGAUUCUCAAGGCACAUGCUUGAACAGUUCAAAAUUGACCUCGCGUGCAUGCAUGAGAUCACAAGCAUCGCUUUUAUCGGCGGCUCUUCGGAGAGAGCAACCGAUAUCGCGAGUCAUCGUUUCAUCGUGCACAUUGCCGUCGAUCCCCUUGCGCUCGUAAUAUUUAUGUAAACACAUUGGGAAAGUCGAGUGCCGCGCGUUCUCGUGCACGCACUAAUGACAUCUCGCAUGACAUCACGACGCAUCGUAAACCGCGUGCGCGCUGUCACAUAUAUUCGUCCUGCCCGGUCUCGCGCGACUCGGCUUCUGUUAAUUGUCCGAUGUUCGCACGCCGCGUCGUUUGCGCUCCUCCGAAGCCGGUGUUCGCGAUUACUUUGCAUGUUUGAGGUGAUUUUCAAGGGCUACGCCUAUAUUUCCUAUCCCUCGUCGGCCACCGAGCUGCAUACACGCGAGUUGCGCGAUUGAUUAAUGACUGAAAAUCGCCUUGAACGUGUAAUCCCGAGGACCUGGCAUCUAGGCGGCAGUCUGGCCGGAAGUACACAUGAGCAUGGAGAAUCACGUCGCCGUGGAAAGCGUCACGCGAGACGAAACCGACAGCACGUAAGUCCAGUACUCCCCGUUUCAUCGACCUCCUCGUCGUAGAGUAUAGUAUGCUUCUGUUUGUAAAUUUCUCUUACUCAAAUUAGAACUCACGAUGCGCGUAUGCCGCGAAUAUAGUAUACGUUAUAUAGUAGAGCGCUUUAGUGUGUUGCGUCCGUCGUGUCUGUCUCUAACAGCUGUGCGACAAUGAGUAUUUUCUUUAUUCUUCAACGUAUCUCGCAAUGCGCAAAAUUAAUCUCGACCUGGAUGCCUCGAUAAUUCGAAUUGCAAUUUCAAGCAAAAUUUCCGCGCGUGUCAUUUCCAGCGUUCGCCAAGUUCGGUGAGUCAAAAAGAAUUACAGAAUAUCUGAGCUGAAGACUUCCGACUUGAAAGGCAGCUCAGGAUACACUACUGAAAGUGCCGCAACAAAAUUCAAACAUACAUUUCCCGUCUUUGCUCAAUUACCUCUUAUCUUUUUCAGACUAAAGAAUAUCGUUACAGAGAUUACAUAUUUAUAAUAACCACGUAAUUUCGAACUCCAUUAUAUAAGUAGCUUAUCGAGUAUCGACCAAACACUCAAAUAUGGCAAAAGAUAAGAUACAAUUUCCGCGCUGAGCUGGACUUGGUCAAAAAUUCUCUAAUGCGUGCGAUAGAUUCGCGCACGCUUUAAUUAAUCGAACGUCGGUUCUCAAUGACAACAUAAUUUAUUUCGACAUUGAAAGCACGGAGAAGUGAAAAGGACGUAAAAAUCAUGAAUUGCGCGCCGAACUGUUCGCGUCAGGGACACUGAUUUUUGUCAAUUAUACACGUGUGUUACUACACGAGAUAAUAUUGUCACGUUUAUUUUUCGAUGAACGAACGAAGGCCGCUCGUCAAUCCUUAUACAGUUCUUUUUGUUUCUAAUAGUUCGACACUUUGAUUGCUGUUCCUCAUGGCGCAAAUUCUAUCGUAUCUGCCUAAACGUAAAAAAAAAAAAAAAUAGGUCCGAGUAUCCAAUUGUAUUACGCGAGACCCUACCCUCGAUUGCGCGGCAAAAGGUCGUAAAAAAGUAACAAAACUUAGUCGCAACGCAAGGAGCUGGUAGUCUUCGCCCCAGCGCCGGGAUGUCGACCGCUGCGAAAACAGACCUGCCGGUCAUCAUUGACGAAUUCGCCGAUAAGGCAAGUUAUGGCUACGGGACGAGUAUUCCUCCUUUGGGUAAUGUCGAGGACGAGAAUGAAAAUGAAAACGACAUGUCAUCGCGGAAGGUGAUCUUCUGCGUUCAUGGAAAACUUUCAGGCUGCUGCACUGUGGUGAAAAGCUCCGCCAACGAGACCACCACGGAAUAUCAGAAUCCACCAGUGCUGCUGGAGGACCAUUGCCACAGGGAGAGGAAUGAAGAGAUUGACAAGAAGGCCCGAAAGAAGCUGUUGCUCGCCAGUACGCUCUGCGUCGUUUUCAUGAUAGCAGAAAUCGUCGGCGGAGUAUUAUCGAAUAGUUUGGCGAUAGCGACCGACGCUGCACAUUUGUUGACGGACUUCGCAUCGUUCAUGAUAUCCCUCUUUUCCAUUUGGGUUGCGAGCAGACCGGCCACUAGAAAAAUGCCUUUCGGCUGGUAUCGAGCCGAAGUAAUCGGCGCGCUGACGUCGGUUUUGUUAAUAUGGGUUGUCACUGGAAUUCUAUUCUAUCUCGCGAUCGAAAGAAUCAUCCACAAAGACUUUGAGCUUGAUGCCACGGUGAUGUUGAUCACGUCUGCAGUUGGUGUUGCGGUAAAUCUAGUAAUGGGAUUAUCGUUACAUGAACAUGGUCACAGUCACGGUGGACAUAGUCAUGGCGGUGAACAUAGCCAUAUUGCGAACAAAGACACGGAAAGUGACCUGCCAGACGAUCUGAAGGAAAAGAAGAGUAACAUCAACGUGCGCGCGGCCUUUAUUCAUGUUUUAGGCGAUUUUAUUCAGAGUAUAGGAGUAUUCAUUGCUGCGUUAGUUAUUUACUUUAAGCCAAGUUGGAGCAUCGUAGAUCCAAUAUGUACGUUCCUGUUCUCUAUAUUAGUUAUCCUCACCACGGUGGCUAUUAUUAAGGAUGUGAUGAACGUCCUGAUGGAAGGAAUCCCCAAAGGCUUCGAGUAUUCUCACGUGGAGAACACCUUCAUGCAAAUAGAUGGUGUUGUUAAGGUGCACAACCUGAGAAUCUGGGCGCUCUCGCUCGACAAGACCGCCUUGUCAGCACAUCUUGCGAUAAAACCUGGGACAAGCCCACAGAAUAUCCUGCGCACCGCCACACGAAAUAUCCACGACAAGUACAAAUUUUUCGAGAUGACGCUACAGAUAGAGGAAUUCAACGAACGUAUGGAGAACUGCAAGCAGUGCAAAGCCUUGUCGUAAUGAGGUUCCCAUUGUCGUACAUCUAUACGUCGUAUGCGAUAUAAACAAACACAUCGAAGAUAAAUUUAGAUGUCUCGUGAUCAUCACGAUGCUCCGCCGAAUAAAGACGUCGAUAUAUUUGUUUCACACGCGAA